CUUUCACUGUACAGUACACUAUUACCAUUCACUGUUAUCUGUAUUCAGUAAGUAUUCGACCAAAAAAACCUUAAAAGAAUUCAAGAAACUCCCAGCGGCGGCGACUGCUUCUUCUUCUCCGGCGAGGUCUCAUCCCAGCGGCCGGUUCAGUCCGGCGAGCCUCUGACUGCCGAUGACCAUUUCCAUAUCCAUGGUGCUUGCUCCUGCUGCUUCAUCUUAAAGACUGCUGAUCAUACUAUGGAGACAAUAAGUGGAAAGAUAGGCCAACUAUAUGGAGGAUUAACUAAAUUUGUAAUGAAAUGUUUGUUCAGGGUUAUAUCUGUUGGUCCGGUGCCUGAACAUAUCGCCUUUAUCAUGGAUGGUAACCGAAGGUACGCCAAGAAGCAGAACGAGCGCACGAUAGCUGGCCAUAAAGCAGGCUAUUCAUCGCUCAUCUCUAUGCUAGGCUACUGUUAUGAGUUGGGAGUGAAGUAUGUAACAGUAUAUGCCUUUAGCAUUGACAAUUUCAAGAGAAGCCCCGAAGAAGUUGAGUGUUUAAUGGAUCUGAUGCUCGAAAAGAUGAAGGGGUUUCUCGAGCAUGAAAGUAUUGUGCACCAAUAUGGUAUUCGGGUAUAUUUUAUUGGUAAUUUGAAACUGUUGAAUGAGCCUGUGAGAGUUGCUGCUGAGAAAGUCAUGAAAGCUACUGCCAAAAACAACAAGGCUAAUCUUUUGGUUUGUGUGGCCUAUACGUCGUGUGAUGAGAUCGUUCAUGCUAUUCAAGAAUCCUGCCAAUCCAAAAUUUAUGACAUUCAAACAAGAAAUGGCAGCAGUGAUAAGAAGAUGAAUGGUUUUGUUGUUCAUGGCGGUCUUGAAGAACACGAAGAUAAGCCAAAGAAUCACGAAGCUAAACCUUGCAAUGGCUUGAUAGAAGAAAGUGAAGUAUGUGAGAAGCAAAUGAAUCUUCCGACUCUAAAGUUAGUAGAUAUAGAGAAGCACAUGUACAUGGCAGUAGCUCCUGAUCCAGACAUUGUGAUACGAAGUUCAGGCGAAACCCGUCUGAGUAAUUUCCUUCUUUGGCAAACUGCCAACUGUCCAUUGUAUUCUCCUACUGCUCUGUGGCCUGAGUUGGGUUUAUGGCACUUGGUUUGGGCAGUUCUUAACUUCCAGCGAAGCUACCAAUAUUUGGAGAAGAACAAGAAAAAGAUAUAACAGAUACAUAACUUUAUUGGUUUCCUUCCUAUACAUUAUUAUUAUUCAUACAUUGAUAUACAUAAUAAUUUACUCAAAUUCCCUGAAAAUGUAUGUGUUAUCUUUCCUUGCUUUGUUUCUU